AUGGCCUCAUCAUCCUCAACAACCAACGACGAUCUCAUCGCCAAGGUGACCGGGUACGUCGAGGCUUACAUGUCAAAGUACGACGCCUCGCACGACUUCAACCACAUCAAGCGCGUCGUCUCUCUUGCCCACCGCAUCCACGCCCAGACCCCCGCCACCCCGGCUUUGGACAAGCAAACCAUCACCCUCGCUGCUCUCCUCCACGAUGUAGGCGACCGCAAGUACUUGAAGCCCGGCGAGGACGCCUCGACCCUGGUCUCCACUGUCCUGCAGUCUCUCGGCGCCGACGCCCAGCUCGCGGCCCGUGUGCAGACAAUCUGCCUCGGCGUCAGCUACUCCAGCGAGGUGAAGGACCCGUCACGGGUCCGGAGCCUGAUCGCCGAGUACCCGGAGCUGGCCGUCGUGCAGGAUGCGGACCGCCUGGACGCCAUCGGCGCCGUUGGAGUCGGCCGGUGUUUCACUUUCGGCGGAGCCAAGGGCUCCCGGAGCAUGGACGACUCCAUUCUGCACUUUGAGGAGAAGCUGGUCAAGCUCGAAGGAAUGAUGAAGACGGAUGCCGGGAGGGAAAUGGCGCGGGAGCGGACCAAGAGGAUUCUGACGUUCAUGGAGUGGUGGCAGGACGAAGCGGGCCCGAUAAACGCAUGA